AUGGAGUUUAGACCAAGCCUUGAAUUCCACCCCGGUGCUCCAUACGCCGGUCAGCCUGUUCAGUCCGCCCAGCAAGCUCAGGGAAACCCAUCAGCUGGUGAGAAUUCGGUACAGAGCGGUCAAUGGCUUCCAGUUGAUCAGAGCCAUCACGGGGGUAUACCUUACGGAGGAAUGUCUCACACAAGCAUUGUUCACGGUAUGUCUCACGGAAGCAUUUCUAAUGGUAGCAUGGCCCAUGGGGGUAUACCUCAUGGAGGUAUUCCUCAAGGAAGUUUGGCUCAUGGGGGUAUACCUCACGGUGGUGUCCAUCAUGGAAAUAUUUCUCACACCAAUGUGAACCAAGCUGGUAUCUCACUCUGGCCCCAUCAGCAACCUGGAAUGGUUUCCGCUGGGAGACAAUUCAGUCUUCAUGGACAGGAAAGACCUUACUAUGGAGCUGCUCCAUUCUCCUACUCUCAUCAACAAGUCAAUCACCCAUCCGCUGUCCACCCACUGCCUGGAAGUUACAUCACGAGGAUGAAUCCGUCAGCUCAUGGCUACGAGGUUCCCUACACCCCAUCCCGAAGUUCUGUCAUGGGCCAGGCCCAGAUAGUAAACAGAGGGGGUGGUUAUCAUCUUCAGCAUCCGCAGGCAGUUUAUAAUACACCGCCGAACGAGAAUAUCGAUCCUCGUGGUCAAAAACAGCAACAGCGUUCGAAGUACUCGGCCACCAAAACAAAUGAGUCCCAGAGCAAUAACGUCAACGGCAGUGUUCCAGCUUCGCCAGCCCCCAUGCCAGGGUCCGGUGGAAAGGCGCGGGCUAGGCGUCAGCAGCAACGUACCGCCGAUUACCGGACUUUGCAAGCUCACCUCCCCUUCUUUCAUCGAAGAAAUAGCGUGGAUGGUAAUGAACAGAGCUCAUACUCAGAAGCCGACCAGCAUGGAAAUCGCAUGGAUUAUGAGGAUGAACAGGAACAAAAGAGGGAGAGAAUCAAGGCGAAGGUCGAGCAGGAGUUUGCGCUUCUUGAUUCUACCCCCUACGAGGCCAAGAUGGAGAGGUGGAUGGAUUUCGAGGAGGAUGAGUUUUGCCCGGUUUAA